CUCUUGGUAGCCCACAGUGCUUGGCGAUGUGGCAUGGCCUGUUGCACAGGGGCGGCUGAACAUAUAAUGAGCGCGUCGUAUCGCCUGGUCAUCUUGCCCACAACGCCUUGUCCCUUCCCUUGCCCACGGUUGCCUACUCGACUUCUACUCAACCACCAUGGCUCACCACGACCUCGAGAAGGAACAGCCAACGUUGCAGGAGGACAUCCACGCUACCUCGGGUGCCUCGUCACAGGAUGGCUACGAGUGUGAAUUCAGCCCGCAGGAGCAACGGAAGAUUAUCCAUCGUAUCGAUCGCCGUCUCGUCUUGACAGUGGGAGUGCUCUACUGCGUCAGCCUGAUGGACCGUACCAACUUGAGCGCCGCCGCCAUUGCUGGUAUGACGAAAGAACUGCAGCUCAACAAAUUGGAGGGUACCAUUUCACACUACUCGAUUAUCACCAUUGUCUUUUUUGCCACCUACAUCGUCUUUCAGCCUCCUGCGACCGUCAUCGUGCGUUAUCUUGGACCCCGAAAUUUCUUGUCCGUUAUCGUGGUCGCGUGGGGCGCCGUUAUGAUUGGAAUGGGUUUUGCCAAAAACUACGGAGCUCUCGCUGGGCUUAGAGUGGUUCUGGGUAUACUGGAAGCCGGAUUCUUCCCCAGCUGCGUCUAUCUGCUGUCUACCUGGUACACUCGAUUUGAUGUGGGAAAGCGAUACUCGUGUUUCUAUAUUCUCGGAAGUUUGGCUUCGGCAUGCGCCGGCAUUCUGGCCUAUGGCUUGAUGCAGCUCAAAGGACGCCAAGGCUUGAAUGGAUGGCGGUGGAUCUUCAUUAUCGAGGGAGCCUUGACUUGCUUCCUCGGUGUCCUGUCCUACUGGGCCCUUGUUGAUUUCCCCGACAAAGCCCACAAGUCUUGGAAGUUCUUGAACGAGCGCGAAGCUGCUUUCAUCAUUAACCGCGUCGACCGGGACCGUGGAGAUGCGAGGCCAGAGCCUUGGUCGUUUGCCAAUUUCCUCCGUGGUGGUGCUGACAUCAAGGUCUGGGGGUUUGCCUUGAUAUUUUUCAACACAACGACUGUGACCUAUGCUCUCGCAUACUUCUUGCCCAUUAUUCUAACUGAAAAUAUGGGCUUUUCGAUCGGCGCAUCGCAAUGCCUCGUCGCUCCGCCAUAUGCAUUUGCCGCUAUUGUCAUGUACGCGACUGGUUGGGCCGGCGACAAAUACCAUCUCCGUGGUCCCGUCGUCAUCUUCAACAUGGUCCUGUGUCUGAUCGGGCUUCCCAUCAUGGGUUUCCACAGCAAUACGAACGUCAGAUACUUUGGUGUCUUCCUCACGACUGCUGGAGCAAAUAGCAACGUCCCAGCGACCAUGUCAUAUCAGGCAAACAACAUUCGAGGUCAAUGGAAGCGCGCAUUCUGCUCUGCCAUCCUAGUUGGCAUGGGUGGUGUUGGUGGUAUCGCCGGAGGCUUAGUUUUCAGGGCCCAAGACAAGCCCCACUAUCGUCCAGGUCUGUAUGCUUGCAUUGCGUGCUGCCUUCUCACGCUUGUCAUUGUCAGUCUCAUUACUCUGAGGUCCUGGAGUUUGAACAAGCGAGCAGACCGUGGUGAGCUUGAGUUGGAAUACAAUGACGACCGCGACCAGAAGGGUUUCAGGUAUACUUAUUAAACAAGUACUACACAUGGGCGGGACUGUGGUCCUUUUGAAGCUUGAAGCUUGCUAGGCUACGCGUGAUACCUCGGCUGAGAGCAUAACGUUACCCACGUCGUCAAAUAAAUAAUACAAUUUAUUCUUCCAC